AUGGAACUUCUGCACGGUCGCAGACGUCGUGCUCUCGUCUGCCCAGUGCGGCAGGCUCGUCGCGAACACGAGGCGUUGUGCAGCCGCACUCCCAUUGAACGCAGCAACAAACUCACCGUACAGCAACGAGAACUCCGUGAACAGCACAAACACACGCACACCGCGGUGCUUCGCCAGGUGACCCGCGACCACAGCGACAUCGGCAGCAGCGAGGCCCACGACGAACACAUCGCCAUCGCGAGGCAGGUGGCUCUCCAGCGCGUCACCGCCACCCAGCAGCGCGGACGACAGCAGCGACCCGCCAAACGUCACAAGCGACCGCCGCAACACAUCCGCCAUCGCAGCCGCCUCGUCACUGCGGAUCACAGCGUGGGCGUUGGCGACAGUCGUGUUGCCGAGGUACUGCGCAACCACAAAAAACUCCUGCUCCAGCGUCGGUGA